AUGGCUCCUCCGACCUCGAGGCCCGAGCAUCACAUCAACCUCAACUACCUCCCCCAGCUCACCCCGAACCAGCCGCGCUCCGGUUCCUCGACCGCCGCCACUUCGCCCAUCGAGCCGCCCACUGCGGCCAACAAUGUGAGGUAUCCGCUGGGUAAUGGGAGCAGCAUGGCUGCGAUUGGCAACGCGACCGCAACCGCUCGCAUGGGUGCUGGCUCCCCGUCGCACGACUACGGCGGCAGGCUCUUUUCAAAGAGGGCCAGAGAAAUCCAGGCGCAAGAGGGUCUCAACCCUCAAGUUUGGGGUCCUCCCACCAGCGGCAACUCGACGCCUCUGCGAGAGACGAUCCCCGAGUCGCCAAACGGCGAGAGCUUCCCCGACUUCAACGCCGCCACCGGCAUGGAGCAGGCUGCACAGCAGACCGCGUCGACCCGGAGGACUAGGGCUGGAACUCUGCCCUCCAGGUUUUCGACCGCAGGCGUCCUCAACAGCCUCAAGCCUCAGGCAUCUCUUCUCCCGCAGACUUCCCGGCCGACUCCAUCUACUAGCCCCUUCAAGCCAGGCUCACACACUCCGACUGAUCUGGGAGGAUUUGGCUCGGGCGGCUCCACCACAAAGUCGUCCGCCAUGCUUUCGCGCAUGAGGGCCGGCUCGAUGCCCCAGCGCCCAGGCUACCUCUCCAAUUCCAAUCCCUUUGGUUCGUCGGUUUUCUCGUCGAACUGGGCGAGCGGCCGCGAGCGUGGUAACACGCUCGCCAGCAUCCGCUCCUCCGAGGGCCCCUCGUCUCCUGCGCAGUCCCACUUUUCGAGCCAGUCGCUCGCCGACAACGACGUCAAGACCCUGGAUUACCUCGGGCUCGUCGAUACGCCGCAGCAGUCACGUGCGACGUUGGCUCCUUCCGACAUUGAGAUCAUGCUAGAAAACCAAAGGAACGCGCUUCAGCCGAACAUGAUUGCCAAUCUUGCCGCCAUGAACAAGCAGAACGCCGCGAACCGCUUCAGAUCAUACUCUGUCAAUGCGAAGGAGAAAUACGCUGACGAGGAAGAGGAGGAGAUGGAGCACAUGGGCCAGUACGGUCAAUACAGCGGAACUCUGACGCCCACGCCUGAGGCCAGCGCUGCCGCCUAUGCCAACAUUCACGAAGCCGUUCGCCAGCACAAUCUAGAAGUGCAGGCUUUCGCCAACUUCGCCAGCGCGAGCCGUCCGAGAGCCCGGACUGCAGGUGUUCUCGAGUCUCCGUCCACUCGUCUCCUCCGCAACUAUCUUCCCACCGCUUCCAGGCUGGACAGCAGCAUCAGCGCCGCUGACCUCCAGCUGAGCGAGGAAGCCGAGUACAGCGGUCUGACCGAAGCAGUUCAGAGCUUGAAUCUUAAUGGCAAGCCGAUGCCCGAUUCAACGGGUGAGGAAGGCGCUCUCGAGGGUCCCACCAGAGCCCUAUGGCUUGGCAACAUUCCCUCCUCCACCACCGUCUCUUCUUUGAACGUUAUCUUCAACGUCUUCGGCCCAAUUCAUUCCACCAGGGUACUAACUCAUAAGAACUGCGGGUUUGUUAACUUUGAAAACUUGGAGAGCGCUGUUCGUGCCAAACAGCAGUUGAACGGCAAAGAAAUUUUUCCGGGCGCCGGCCCAGUCCGCAUCGGUUACGCUAAGGUCCCUAGUGCUUCUGGUACUCCGGGCCACAACGGACUGUACCCAUCGCCGAGCCCUGACCCGAACUCGAAGACCCAGGGAGAUGGAUCGUCCCAGGCAGCUGGUAAUGCUGCUGGCCGCCAGGCCAAGGACGUGCGUGUUGACACCACCUCCGCCCCUCCGGCCAUUCCCAAUCUCCGGGAAAUGCAAGGCGAAAUCAUCCAGAUUGUGAAGGAUCUAGGUGCGACCGACGAAGAAGCAAUGAACAUCGCAGCGAACGUUAAGUACGCGUUUGAAAACGACCAUUACGAGCCUGAAAUUCCGUCGAUUCCGGAGCCAUCGCACAACAGGGUGCACGAUGCUCCGAGGCUCCGUGAGAUACGCAAGAGGAUCGACAACAACUCUUGCACUCAAUCGGAGAUUGAGGAUGUCGCCAUGGCCAUGCUUCCCGAAGUUGCGGAAUUGUCCUCGGACUACCUUGGUAACACCGUGGUGCAGAAGCUGUUUGAAUACUGCUCUGAGAGUGUCAAGGAAGCCAUGCUCAACGAAAUCGCCCCCCACCUCUCUGAAAUUGGCAUCCACAAAAAUGGCACCUGGGCCGCACAGAAGAUCAUCGAUGUAGCCAGGACGCCUGUGCUCAUGAAGAUGGUUGUUGACAGCCUUCGCCCGUACUCGAUGGCCCUGUUCCUUGAUCAAUUCGGCAACUAUGUCAUGCAGGGCUGCUUGCGCUACCAGUGCCCCCUCAACAACUUCAUUUUCGAGGUCAUGCUGGCCCGCCUCUGGGAUCUCGCUCAGGGCAGGUUCGGCGCCAGGGCCAUGAGGGCUUGCCUGGAAAGUCACUUCGCUACCAAAGACCAGCAGAGAAUGGUCGCCGCUGCGAUUGCGCUGCACAGCGUUCACCUCGCCACAAACGCCAACGGAGCUCUUCUCCUGACCUGGUUUUUGGACACCUGCACUUUCCCUCGCCGCCGCACUGUUCUUGCGCCACGUCUUGUGCCUCACCUGAUAGCCCUUUCCUCGCACAAGCUUGCCUAUCUCACGGUCCUCAAGAUUAUCAACCAGCGGAAUGAGCCCGAGGCCCGCGACACUAUCCUGAAGGCACUAUUCUUCUCUCAAAAUGACGAAACCUUGGAAGCUAUCCUGCGCGAUCAGUCCUGCGGUGCUACGCUCAUCUUCAAGGUUCUGACUACUCCGUUCUUCGACGAGAAGAUCCGCCCCGAGGUCGUGCAGAAUGUUCGCAACGUCCUGAUCCGCAUCAAAGCCCAACCUGCCCAGGGCUACAAGCGUUUGAUGGACGAAGUCGGUCUCUCUACGCGCAGCGGCGGUCCCAAUGCGCGCGACAACCACGUGCGGGACAUGUCGCCUGCUUCGCGCCCUGGCUCCAAGCAGGCCAACUUGUCCAAUGGCGGCAUGCACCAGCAAUCAGCUGGCACUCCCGAUAGUCAGAUGAACCGGCCCUUCUUCCCACCCGGGAUGCCGCAGCCACAGUUCGACCCUACCCUAAGCCUUCAGCGCACCGCUAGCAUGGACAGCCAAGGCUUCGACCAACCGGCCUUCCUUCCUAAUGGCCUCGGGGGCUACGGUGCCAACCCUAAUCUCGCCCUUGCUGCACAGUACCAGCAAGCGAUGCUAGCUGCUGCUCAGCAGCAAUCGCGUGGCGGUCCGGCUGCUUUCGGCUACCCGCCUAUGAACGGUAUGGGUGGAUUGCCUGGCAUGAAUGGUUUCCCGGCAGCCACCGGUAGCCCUGCAGAUGCGUUCCGCAGCAGCCCUCUCGGCGGUGCGCCAGGGCUUGGUAUGGCACCUGGCUUCGGCCAGCCGGGUCCCGCUCCAAUGAUGGGUUUCCAGGGAUCACCCGUGGUUGCGCCGCAGGCUCCUUUCGGUUACCCACCAAUGGGCUACGGCGUUCCCCCGAUGGGUCAGCAAGGGGUACAGCAGCAACAAGCCGCAGCAGGCGGUCGCAGGAACAGGAGAUGA